UGCUACUUGAUUUUUUUUAAUCCACACGGACAGAGAUUUAAUUUUAAAAGGCAGUUUCUUAAUAAAAAAACCUUUUUGGAUAACCUCUUCCUUUUCCAGUCUUUACUAAAAAGGGAAGUAUGGGAAGAAUGUGCAUUUGUCAAAGGAGCAAAUAAGUAGAAAAGGAAGUAACCUUUUUACUUUUUUCUUUUAUAUUUAUCUAUUUUAUACAUUAGUCCGUAAAAGGUCUGUGUUGCGGCGCAAUUUAGCGGCUUCUUUACCAACAAAAUAUGAUGCAAGCUUUGUUUGUGUGGUGUUUUUAUAUUUCUUUUUAAAUCCAAGCCAUUAUUUAUCAAAGUGAUAAGUUUAUCAUCAGUGUUUUGAUGAAAGAUAUGAUAUUGUAAUGAGUAUAAAACGGAAUAACAAGCUUGGUAAGCAUUUAUCGGUCCGGUGUAGCGAUGAAGUUGUUAGUAUUGACCCUAUGUUGUCUGGCUGUGGGCGCAAUAGGCGCGCAGUGGGAGACCUACGAGCCUGUAGAAUUGUACUACCACGAGCGUAUUGGCAUCCCGCGCGCCGAAGCCCUAAGGCAGGCGGAGCUUGCGGCAGACUUCGACGGCACUAGAAUCAUAAGCGGCUCGCCGGCUGCUCUAGGCGCCUAUCCUUACAUGGCUGGACAGAUAAUGAGGAUGCAGAGUGGGCGCACGUCGGUAGGUGGUGGUACACUGAUCAGCAACACGCGGGUGUUGACGGCGGCGCACAACUUGUUCGACGGUCGCGACAGGGCGCGCGAAGUGACCAUAGUGCUGGGCUCUGUUCGCUUGUACUCCGGCGGCACCAGGAUCACCUCCAGUAGGAUGGAAAUGCACAGCAACUACAACAUUAACAACUUACAGAAUGAUAUCGCCAUCAUAACUAUCAACUGGGUCAACUAUAGCAACACGAUUCGCAACAUCGGACUGGCUUCGGGCAGCAACACGUACGCGGGCGUGUGGGCAUGGGCCGCUGGCUUCGGCAAGACCAGCGACACUUCCAUGUCCAGUCCGGACCUGAUGCACGUGCGUGUGCAAGUGAUCACCAACGACGUGUGCCGCAAUGCGUUCGGCGCUAACUUCGUGGUGGCGUCCACUCUGUGCAUCAGCGGCGCCACCGGCAACAUCUGCACCGGCGACUCCGGCGGCCCGCUCGUCGCUAACAACUUACUCAUCGGUGUGACGUCGUUCGGCACGGGGUCGUGUCAGGCGCGCCGCCCCUCCGGCUUCGCGCGCGUCAGCUCCUUCAACUCCUGGAUCAGAGCCCGCAUGUGAUCAUACUUUCUUUUAAUAAAAUGACUGCUUACUGAAA